AUGAACCCGGCCGCCGUUUCUAAGAUGCUGCAUGAUGUCGACACCACUAAUGGAGAUUCCUCGGCUGCUUUCAUGGCGCCCGAUUACCACUCAUUUUUCCGGGUUCGCGUUGACAGCAAGUAUGGCCGGUCGAAAGGACUUCCUCCAUUCAAUGAAACUGUUCUCCCAGACGCGUACCUCGCCACCUGGCAACUGGCAUUUCUUAUCCGGCAUCCUGCCUUAACACGGUUGCUAUAUGAUUGGUGUGUUCUUCGGGGGGGACAGGCGCAUCCAAUUAUCUUGGAUGCCUCUGACCUUAUCCACAAUAAAGGCGCUAUGGUAAAAUUCUGUGAACAGAUGGGACUAGAUCCCACAGUCUUAAAAUUCGAGUGGGAUAGUGUCUGUGCCGAAAAUGAAGCCUGGUCAGGUGAUAAUACUUGCGAGCAAGACUCCAUAUUUGAGAAAGCUAGAAUUACCAUGAGAUCAACUCUGAUAACAUCUUCCGGGGUGUUGAAAGAGAAGGCGCCCGAGGUUGUCGAUAUUGCAUCGGAAGCGGAAAGGUGGAAACUCGAAUUUGGCGACGAGGUGGCCGAUUUUAUUCUCCAAUGGGUUCACGAGGCAAUGCCUGAUUACGAAUAUCUAAAGCAACGGAGGUUGGUCUAG